CUGCUCUUCCCGUAGUUGCCAGGCGAGAAUCUCGGUUCACGCAUGCGCAUCAUGUCCUCUCCCUCAACAAGUAUUUCCAUGUGUUUCUGAGGCUUGACUUGGUACACUAUUUUACUUGUGGGAAUAUAAAGUGCCGUUUUCUCAAUAUGGGAGGACAAGCUAAGGGUAAAAAGAAAGGCAAACCACGGAGGAAAGAGAGCCGAGCCGGCAAGGAUCCCGGAAUUGUGGCACUAUCAGCGCAGGAGAGGAUGCAAGUGCGAAUGCAUAUGAAGGCAAAGAAGAAAACUGCUGCCAAGUACUCUAUUGAGCAACUCCUAGAAAAGACAGAAGAAUGCAUGGACAGCUUUGACUUUGAGAUGGCUGGACUGUACUGUCAACGUGCCUUGGACCUGGAGUCCACCAACCUGCAGGCUCUUGAAAUGCUGGGACACAUCUCCUCUGAGCUUGGAGACACACUGAAAGCUAAGGGGGCUUUUCUGCGUGCUGUGGAGCUGAGCCCUGGUGCAGGCCACAGUAAGUACAUGUACCUGGGGCAGAGCCACACUGGCCAGGAGGCUGUAGAGUUCUACACCAAAGGAAUACAAGUCCUGCUCUCUGCACUGGACAAACAAGCACAAACUGCCCAGGCUGAAGCUGCAGCGCCUGCCGGUGAGGACCCUGAACUCCUGACAAGGAAGGAUGCGAGCGUGGCGUACUGCUCCGUUGCCGAGAUUUACCUGACAGAUCUCUGCAUGGAGGAGGGAGCCGCUGACAAGUGCAAAGAGUUCGUUGAGAGAGCGUUACAGUAUCACCCUGACAACCCUGAAGCCCUACAGCUCAUGGCCAGCUACCUGUUCAGUACAGAGAAAAAUAAGGAAGGCAAAGAAUACUUGUUGAAGAGUGUCCGACUGUGGUUGCCCACCCAAGAACGUACCGCAGCUUCCGCCAGCCUUGGAGAAGAUGUGCAGAACGAGAUCCCACCGUACGAGUCUCGUAUCGCCACGGCCAAGCUGCUCAUCGAAGCAGAGGAAUACGAGAUGGCAGUGGAAGUAUUGGAGGGUCUUCUGGAGGAGGACGAUGAGGUUGUUCAGGUAUGGUAUCUUUCCGGCUGGGUGUGCUACCUUCAGCUCGAGAGGGCCAAGGAGCAGCAAGGAAGAGAGGGGUCAGCAGUCAGCCAAGAAGAGGAAGAGGAGAGGACGGUGCUGAAGGAAGCGGCCAGAUUGCACCUGACCAACGCUAAAAAGCUGCACAGCAAGCUGCACUGCGACGACCAGCCCGUGUUGGAGCACGUCGAGCAGCUGCUGAGCGAGCUGGGAGGAGAGAUGGAGGCCGACGAGGGAGAUGCGGGCAUCGACGAUGACUACGAACCUGCUAGUGAUGAUGAAGAGGAGGAAGAAAAGGAGGAGACAGCCAUGGAACAUUGACCACACCCCCUUUUUGCCUCCUGCCUGCGCUCUAAUGUCACAUUUUCCUUUUAAUAUGUCUAUGACAUAUAUUUGUUACGCCUGCUUGUAUUCUAGGGAGUCCAUUAAACGCUAACAGUUUAUCUUAACAA